GAGCCAGGCGGGCUCCCGCGCAGCAGGAGGUGUUGCGGAGCCCGGGUGCGUGGAGAGCGCCAAGCAGGAGAGAGAAAGCGAGGGAGGUGAGCGCGCCGGGCCGCGGUACGUGCUGCGCUCAGGGCCACAGGCUCGCGUAGCGAAGCCCGAAGGGGCCGGGCGUUGUUCUGGGGAACCUGCUGCCACCCAGGCGCGCACAGAACCAACCACAGAGUCUGGAGGUCGGAAGUAGCCCUGAUUGCGGGGCAAGCUUGCGGUCCGGGGUCCCCCAGGAAGCGCGGAGCCAGAACGCAGAGCCCGGGAUCUGGAGAUUGGAAAGCGGAGCCGGGAGCCGGAGGCUGGUCGCAAGCCCCUGCGCUCCGGGGCGGCGUCCCGAUUGCGCGCUCGUGGCUGGACGGCGCGCCCACCUUGGCUUCCCCGACCUCUCCUCCCGUGCCUCCUCGUCUGCCCCUGGCGGGACUUCCACCUGUGAAAGCGCAGGACAAAGCCCCAGAGCCUGCGCCCACCAUGCGCCUCAACAGCUCCACGCCGCCGGGCGCCCCUAGCACGCCGGGCACCGAGCCCUUCCAGCGGCUGCAGUCGGGGCUGGAGGCGGUGCUCCUGGCCCUGGGCUUGGGCAAUGGAUCUGGGAACGCGUCUGAGCCCGUCCUGGCAGCGCCCAGCAGCGACCUGGAUGUGAACACUGACAUCUACUCCAAGGUGCUGGUGACCGCCGUGUACCUAGCGCUCUUUGUGGUGGGCACUGUGGGCAACUCAGUGACAGCGUUCACUCUAGCUCGGAAAAAGUCACUGCAGAGCCUGCAGAGCACGGUGCACUACCACCUGGGCAGCCUGGCGCUGUCUGACCUGCUCAUCCUGCUGCUGGCCAUGCCUGUGGAGCUGUACAAUUUCAUCUGGGUGCACCACCCCUGGGCUUUCGGGGAUGCAGGCUGCCGUGGCUACUACUUCCUGCGUGACACUUGCACCUAUGCCACUGCACUCAAUGUGGCCAGCCUGAGCGUGGAACGCUACCUGGCCAUCUGCCACCCCUUCAAGGCCAAGACUCUCAUGUCCCGGAGCCGCACCAAGAAGUUCAUCAGUGCCAUCUGGCUGGCCUCGGGGCUGCUGGCUGUGCCUAUGCUCUUCACCAUGGGUCAACAGAACCGCAGUGCUGAUGGCCAGCACCCUGGUGGCCUGGUAUGCACACCCAUCGUGGACACCGGUACUGUCAAGGUCGUCAUCCAGGUUAACACCUUCAUGUCCUUCAUCUUCCCCAUGGUGGUCAUCUCGGUCCUAAACACCAUCAUCGCGAACAAGUUGACAGUUAUGGUGCGGCAGGCCGCUGAGCAGGGCCGGGUGUGCACUGUGGGUGCACAGCACAGCACGUUCAGCAUGUCCAUCGAGCCUGGCCGUGUUCAGGCCCUCCGCCAUGGUGUCCUUGUCUUACGUGCUGUGGUCAUUGCCUUCGUGGUAUGCUGGCUGCCUUACCAUAUGCGGCGCCUCAUGUUCUGCUACCUAUCAGACGAGCAGUGGACCCCGUUCCUCUAUGACUUCUACCACUACUUCUACAUGCUGACCAAUGCUCUCUUCUACAUCAGCUCUGCCAUCAACCCCAUCCUCUACAACCUGGUCUCUGCCAACUUCCGUCAGGUCUUCCUAUCCACACUGGCCUGCCUCUGCCCUGGGUGGCGGCGUCGGAAGAAGAGGCGGACGUUCUCCCGGAAGCCCAACAGCAUGACCAGCAACCAUGCCUUCUCCAGCAGCGCCACCCGGGACACCCUGUACUAGCCCCUGAGGCGGCCAGGGAGGCCUCCCCUACACUCAGGGCCUCACCCCUCCCAAACCUCCAUGGGGAUGGCCAACGGCCAGCCUGGACCAUGUGGGUGAGGCCAGGGCCCUUAGCCCAGAGGCCCGUUUUCUUCCAGUUUCUCUUCCCUCCCUCCCCUGCCCCUCCUCUCCAAUCCUCCAUCUCCCUCCACUUCCCUCCUCUACCCUCUCCUCCCCUUUAAAAGCCAGAACAGAGGCUGUUUCUUUCCUAGACCCCAAAAAGGCCUUUAUCAAGGAGAAAUUAGUGCUCAGCAAGGAUAGCCUCCUUUGUUCCCAGACUAAUGGAUGUUUAGAAAGAAAGAAAUGAAAGGAUUGUGUUGGGGCUGGGCCCUGGGCAGAUGGACUGUUGUUAUCCUAACAGCACCUUGAAGCCCCACCAGCUGGUCCAGACAGUGACUAAGGACAGGCCUGGGCACAGGGGCACAGGCUCAAUCCCAGCUCUUCCUGCCUCUACUCUAGCCCUGGUCCAGCAGACACUGUGGCUCCCUCUGGGCCUCAUAUCCAGACCCUUCUGUGGCAGACUGACACACUCCCUCUCCUAGGGUGGUCCAAAGAAACCCCCAGCAUCCUUAAGGUCCAGAGCCUCCAAGCUGAAAGAUGGAGGGAUCCGUGUCCCCUGUCUCCAUCCUGCACAUAUAUGGUCCACAGAAGAGAUCCAAGCUCCCACGUGCCCAGAAAGGACAAAAAGAGGCUGGUCUAGAGCUGCUCAGACCCUCCAUUUUAGGUCUGUCCUCACCCAGGCCAAGCCUCAGAUGACCCCGCAGGCACUGGGAAUUUGCCUCUUGGGUUUGCAGAGGGAUAGCAGAUCAAGGGGCCUGGCCUCCCCUGCCCAGGUGACCUUGGUGGAGACAUGCAUACUCCUCCUGUGUUUCUUAUACAGCUGUACAGAUUAAGGUCUACCAGCUACACAGUGUUGGCUUCAAGGUGGGACCCCUAAGAAGGGGCACAUGGACCAGGGGAGACAAUGCCAGCUUCUCACCAAGAUGCCAGUGUCUGAGACUGAAGGUAAGGAGGGGCCAAGCAUCCUGGCACCAGCUGGCUAGCAGCUCUGGGCUGAGACACAGGUCCAUUUGUUACCAGCUGCCAGGCAGCCAUCCUGGCCCAGGUUACAGGCGCCUAGAACGGCAGGCGCCCUUCAUCUCUGGGAGCUGUCUCCAAACAGGACAAGAUCAGCCAGUCUCCUGUCAAGAAAGCUGCCCGAGUCCUGGGCGACGGUCCUAGGAUGCUCCAAACUAAGAGAGUGGGAGUAGCAGGGGGGCCGGAAAGCCAAGCUCAGCCUUUGGCAAAAGAGGUUUUGCUAUCUUGGUCCUCAUUAUCUGAGAGAGAAAUGGAUAGACAUGGCCAUUGGCAUGUGAGGACAGUUUUACCCUGGGACAGGAAGAGACCCAGUCCUGACACAGGGCCAGCUUCUGCUUCCUCUGAGCUAUAAAAGAAUGGAUUGAGAGCCAGAAGAUCUGCGGCCACCCAGAUCUAGCCUCUCUGCUGCUUGACUCCCACAGAACCCCACUACCAGUCACAUGGCCCUUCAGUGUGAGAAGGGCAGGGCCUGAGUGAGUCAGGCCUCCAGCUGACACCAAGGAGAUGAGACCACCAGAGAACUCCCCACAUGAGAGCUCCUUUCAGUCCUGUGGAGCCACUCCACCCAGAUGUGGAUCUCAGACCGAGGGAUUCUGCAUGAGGACUUGGCCUUGGGCUCAGGCCAGGCAGCCCAGCCCCCAGUUAGGUUCAGGGACCUUAGGCAGGUCAUUUAUCUGAGCCUUCGCUGCCUUAUUUCAGUGGACUAGGACUGUCCUGAAGGACUCAGCCUAGAGUAGACAGAAAAGAGAUACCUUGAGAUAAGAAGAAGAGCUGACACCCUGUCAUACAGUCCUCCAGAGAUGAUGUGGCCCAGUUCUAAGGGGGAGAUUGGUUCUAAAGGGAGGUCCGAGCUGUCAUCAAAAGCCCUCACUGUGGUCUUCAGCCUCGUGCCUGUGUGCUCACUGUAGAUAGGGACACACACUCACGGACCACCAGGCAUACCUGCCACCCUGAUUGGGAACUCUUAGUUCUGGCUCAGAUCUGGAAGUAAAUCUAGAGGCUGGCCUGGGGAUCCUGGGCAUGUCCAGCCACAAGUCUAGAGUUCCACAGGCCCAGCAGUGUGAUGAAGAGGUGGGUCAUGUGCCCUCAAACAUCCAUCAGAAAGCCUGCACCUCACCACACCACAAUCAAAGAGCACCCUCCCCUUUCUCUCUCAAUAAAGGAUACUGUGGACACCCAGCUUGAAUCCUUAGUGUUUGUGCACAUCUAUUGGUUUGCUCAGUCCUUCACCGAGGCAGGACCCAUGCAGCAGACCAGCUUCUAUCUGCCUCUUACCAAGUUCUGGGUGUCAGACACAUCUCUCAGAGCCUGGGGGGCCCUGCCCACCUCCCCACCCACCUUUCUAGUGAGUCAAGAGCCUCUGCCCUCCCUCCCCACCUGCU